AUGAGGUCGAAGCGCCAUUCUCCGCAGCAGUCUAAUGGGGCCACUGUGCUGCCGCCAAACAAGGUGGCGGAGUUGGUUAGACAGCUGGCGGAGGCUCAGUACGAGGCGCAGCAACUUCGCCAGCGCGUGGAAUUGGUGCAGCGCGAAAACACUUCCUUUCAAGACGCCGUUUCAAAACGAAAGAUCGAGGAGGACCUCGCAACGGUCGUGCAACAGCAGCGGUGUGAUGACGACAAAUCGCUAGAGGCGGGUCGCACAGGCGCUUAUGUCAACAACAGCAAUAAUUGUAUAGAAAAGUCAAGUUUUAUAGACCGGCUGUUGUCACCGCCAAAGCUGACGACGCGGCCGAUGCCACCGCCCGACUCGAACGGUGCUCUGCCGUCGCCGUUGCGCCCUUUCACGACGAAAACCGACGAGCCGUCCGCUGCGCCUGUGGGAGCGGCAGAUGGCCAUGCUUCUUCGUCGAGCGAGCUUUACUGGAAGCGGAAAUACGCCAAGUUGAAGCGCGUGCACGAAAAGGCUCUCAGGGAGCGUGACCUGCAGCUCGCUGAGGUGCAGCAGCUUGUCUUUCAAAUUCAUGAGGAACAGGACGAGCUGCAGCACCGGCACGAACGGGAUCGCCUGCAGCACAAACUUGACCAGGAGGCGAAGGACCGGAUGCAGCUGGAGGCGAGGACGAAAACACUCGAAGAAGAGGCUGCUGCAUGGCGGCAGCGGUACUUGCGCUUAGUAGAGGAGCCCGCACCGCUACGAUGCCGUACCCUGGCACAAGACUUACCAGCAGCAGCGGGCGACGCGGGCGACAUCGGCAGGGCAUACCUGACAGAGGGCCUCAACCACACGGAUGCCUCCUUCGUGCUGCUGGACAGCGCGAUGACGUCUAUGAGGGAGACAGAUGCACCAGCACAGAGGGCUCGUGUGCCGCUUGCAAGUCACCACAAUAGCGUGACGAGUGGAAAGUACAGCGGAGUGGAGCAGCAGUUACACCACCACCACCACCACCACCAGCAGCAGCAUCAGCAUCAGCAACGGCAGCGGCUGCAAUGUGGGGGAGGAGGUACCUCUCUUAGCCCAACGGAGAGUUACACUGUACCACCGCAUGUCCACGCCACUGUAGGUAACCGCUCAAUGGCCAUACAGGUGGGGCCAUCGACUGCAACGACAGCGUCACAGACAACGACGUGCUUCUGGAAAUCUGUUGGAACACAGACAGACACGGAAUGGGAAGGUGAUGACAAUAAUGACGGGAUUCAGUCAACAAAGAAUUUUGAGCCGACGCAACGCGUACGAGUGGGAAGCGCCUACACAAAUAGUAGAGCCACGUCCAUGCUUCCAGGGUAUCACCUGCGGGAGGCACCGUGGACUCCUGUGGCAUCGUUCGUCGCCCCGCAGCCUCCCCAAUGCGGGACUUCGAAAGGCCACUUUUACUACACAGAGGGUGAGACGCAGGCGAACACCAACGCCUACGUGACGUCGCCCAUGCCAUUAUUCAAGCAGCCGUUUGACCGCGAACCCGCACCAAAUACUCCUCCUACCGCCGUUGCCGGUUCUGCGGAUUCUUUUAAUUCGGCGGGCUUUGGUUUUGCUCUCGGUGCGGAACAGGCGAAGCGAGACCGUCUUGACGAGGACAUCCGCAAGCAUGAUCAACUCUUAGAAGCUGUGGCAAAGUUGCAGAGACAGGCUCAGCGGGCUGCCAAAACGCCGUCUUUUUAG